GGUGAGAUAGGUAGCUGGCUUUCUGGGUUGUAAACGGCUGAUAGUGGCGGACUGAAAGUGGAACACCUUCCCUUGUGGGCUGAGAGGUGCUAGAGGGGUAGGCUGGCCCAGCCUCGUAACAGGCCACAGUGCAGAGACCGGCUGCCGCUCCCAGGCCACUGGACUCCUUGCCACAGCCGUUAGCAUGGCCGAAUCCCCUGCCAACCCCGGCGCCGGAGGCCAGCUGGAGCAGAAGAUCGUGCAGGCGCUGACGAAGGCUGGCUGCCCCAUGCGUACGGCGCUGCUCGUGAAGGAAUGCCAAGUGCCCAAGCAGGAGCUCAACCGAGUCCUCUACCGAAUGCAGAAGGAGUCCAUAGUCUAUCUCACGGCCCCUGCGACCUGGUGCUUGGGCAGGGGUGAUCCUGGCAGUCUACUUCCCAUAGAGCCAGCCCAGCCCAGCAUCGCCCAGAGACCCCCGCAGGACCCAGCUGCAGCCUCAGAGAGUCCUGGCCGUCCGCUCAGCAGCCUCCAGGACAGGAUCUACAGGUUUCUGAAAGCCAAUGGGCCCUGCAAGGCCCUGCACAUCGCCAAGGGCCUGGGCAUGAAGACGGCGAAGGACGUGAACCCAGACCUGUACAAGAUGGGCAGUAGUCACCUUCUGAGCUGCGAUGAGAAGUCCAAACAGUGGAGAGUCUCCGGAGCAGAAGAUUCUGGAAGAAGAAAUGGAGAAAUCCAAUCAGCCACAAUUAUUUACCAGCAGAACCCAAUCAACAUGAUCUCUCAGAGCCAAAUUUCUAUUGUGAACUCUGAAGCCACACAAAUCGGACAUGGGAAUGUCAUAGUGAGAUGUGGGGAGAAAGGUGCAAUGACGCCUCUCCAUGUCCCGCCAGUGGCACCAGGUGAUGGCUGGGGACCCCAGAGCAUCUACAUGGAGCGCUCCAUGCUCCAGAGGGUGCAGAUGGGACACAGCAAUGAGAUGAACCUUCUCUGUGUCCCCGUGGAAGGCCCUGCCUGCAGACCCUCUGGCAGCCCUCCAGAAGCUUCCUUUGAAGCCCAGAUGCUGGAGCCAGGCCCUCAUCCCAAGGGCGACAUGGUCCAGAAAAUUCACAUCAAAUCCUGCCACCUCGAGGAUGCUGUCAUUGGCGACAGUAACAAGAUGACCCUCAUCCCAGGCACAGCCAGCCACAGUGGGGCUGCAGGGCCCAGCGAUGACAGCGGGAGAGAGCCUGAGCCCCGGCAGGAGCAGAAUGAUGCAGCCUGCGGGGCUCAGCUGAGACUCGACUUACACGGAGAAAUCAGAACUCCCUGAUACCUGCUCUCUCCUGCUUCCCCUCUGAAGGGGAAGGGACUUCACGCUUCAGGCUGGACUUGAGGAAGAAGCUAGAAUUGAGCAAAUAAUAGGGACCUGGCUUGAUGCGCCUCCUAUCAAACAUGCACUUGCAACCCCGUAGUGCACACGUCAUUUGUGUGUCUCUGCAGUCAUCAAGACUUGUUUGACUGGGGAUGACAGAAAGCCGGGGCUUGCGUCAGCACAAGGUUCUUCUAACAGAUGAGUCCAUGACAGGGACCACUGUGAAGUGGCGCUGAGCAGGACUUCUACUGACCAGCUGGCGUUUCAUGU